AUGGCCCUUGUAAUAGGGCCUCCAUCUUGUAGGAAUGAAGCAAUAGUAGUAACAAGACAGACUCUUUGUCAAACCAUUUCCAUACAGAAAAACACUUUCAGGGGAUUUAUUUCCUGGGAUGGGUUCAACCUUACAGAACGUUUUGAAAAUGAAGGAAAUCUUACAGUCUGUCAAAAGGAGCUUUGCUGUCAUUUAAGCUACAAAAUGUUACAAAAAGAAGAGAAUGAAGUGUCCGUUCUAGGAGCUUUUACGGGAUUGCAUGGAAGUGGGUUGAUUCUCAAAUCACUUGCCAUUUUUAAUAAAGUCUGCAUAAUGCUGAAGUGCAAAACUACUAAUUUGGCAACUUGUGGAAGGCCAGUAGAAACUGCUUCUACAAGAUUUGAAAUGUUCUCCCUCAGUGGCACAUCUGGAACAGAGUAUGUUUUUCCUGAAGUGCUACUUACCAAAAUUCAUUUGUAACCUAUAAAAUUUGAGGUGCUGAAAGACGGGCGUUUGGUAAAUAAGAAUGUAUCAUCUGAGUCUAUACUAACAGUGUCUCUCCUUGGGAGGUGGUACACAAAGGACUCACUUAAUAGGUCAUGUGGGACGAGCAAUUCAUCAAUAACUUACCUGCUAAUAUUCAUAUUGUUAAGGAUCAUAGCUUUGCAAAAUAUUGUAAUGGUAUAGGGCAUCUCUUUAUCACUCUGUUUCUGCUUCAUAUACUUGGCUAAAGGUGUUUAUCAGCUUCCCAAGUUUACUAAGAAACUUUGAAGGGCUAUUUUGGUAGUAUAGACCAGUGAGUCCUUUCUCAUCAAGAAUUAUUUUAUAAGUAUUAUAUAAUGUUGUCCCUUUUUGGGCUCCUCUGAAAUGCUGCAGUGUGGAACAACGGAAACAGUCCGGCCGUUUGGGUCAGAUAAAUGAAGAUCAAACCCCAGCUCCAGGCUCAUUUGCUUGAGACUUUGUGUGGGUUUGUAUGCGUGCGAGGGUCCAGAGCGAGGAGUUUCAGGGCCGUUGCAAACACAGCUGUGCCCUUGAAGAGAAUAGUAGUGAUGGGAAUUUAGAGGUUUAUAACUGAAUUCUUUGACAUUAAAGACAAUGUGAAGUCACCUAGUUUUCUGUGCUGAUGAUUAUCAGGAGAUUUACUUUCCAAUCAAAAGGAAACAUUGAUGUUUAUUUCUACAGUCAACGUAGUUUGAGGGCUAGAAGGAUUGACUGCUAUGCCAAGUUCACAUCAAAGGAGAGCUGAUCCAGGGCACUCAUAGCCCCAACUGUCCCACCUUAAGGCUAAGGUAUAAUUUAAUAGGCAGAAAUCAUAUAAUACAAAGUCCAUGACAGUUAAAAGUAACAUUAUUUUCAGCAUUUGGUCGACUUUUUACGAAAUACAUGUAUUCCAUGAUACUUGAAGUAUAAUAGUAUAUUUGUUAUUGAUCGUUUAAUUCAGAUACUCAUAAAAUUAAAUGAUUUUGAAUUUUCA